AAAAAAAAACUUUUGUUUUAAAGAGUGCAGUAUGUGCUUACAUUAUACUGUAAAUCACAUUCAAGGAUGUGGUCAUGCUUUUGGUCAGCUGCAGAACUCAAUUUGUCCACUAGAGGACGAUGGAGCUGCAACUUUACAUAUAGGGAAAUAGUGAAUUAGUGAUAUCAUUUAACAGAUACCGUCCAUUAGAUAGAGAAUUGGCGCAAAAUAACCGCUUAGAAGGUAGAAAUAUGCAGUGCUAUUUUAUUUUUUAUAGUGGAAUGUAGUCGUAUGCAUACCUAACAAAAAUAUAAGGGCUUAUUUAACUAAUAUAUAGGUAAUAAUCUAAAAGAAUACAUGCAUGCAAUAAUUUAGCCAUUGCUUGCGACGUCACAAUAAUCACGAAAAGCCAUCGAGACUCAAUUUUUCCAGUGUCGCCGAGGAUGAGAGUCCUUAUAAUAAAACAGCCCAGUUUAUGAAAAGACUCCGAAGAGCACGGAGGGAGGGAUGCGUGCUCGUGACGUCAGCGAUGCACCUGCGAAGCGCUCUGUCGCAUCAUCUCACUGGCGCUGCUUUAGAAUGAACGAGAGCGAGAUGCUCCGCAUCGCAACAUGCUUAAACUCCGCUACUGUCGCGGGGGGUCUGUUGUUUGAAGUUUGCGAAUGACACGUUGGGCUCUGCACUCACAUAAAUGAUCGCGCAAACCGCGCGUCUCUUGCAUUUCGUUUACAGAUGACCGCCGCGGCAGCAAUGGCAGGGUCAAACAUGGUCUUUUCCGAUGUUGAAAGUUUUCUAGAUGAGCACCCCGAAUUAUUAGAGGACUAUCUGAACAGAAAAGGCAAGGCAAGUAUGGUGGAAAAGUGGAUGAAGAGCCAUCACGCCACUAAAACUCCGGCAAACUCCAGCGCGGAAGCGGAGAAAGCGGCGAACGCGUGCAGCAAAGACAGCUGGGCGAGCAGAAGCGACGGACUGCAGAGACGACCAUCGCAGAAAGAGCUGAGGAAAACCUUCGCCAGGUCUAAAGCCAUCAACGCCAACAGGACCUAUGACGAGCACGUGAACUCCAGAGCCCAGGAGCCGCUGACCAGCAUGAGGAGGCGCGCGCUGCUGCGUAAAGCCAGCUCUCUGCCGCCAACCACCGCGCACAUCCUCUCCGCGCUGCUGGAGUCCCGGGUCAACAUCCCUCAGUACCCCUCCACCGCCGUGGACUACAAAUACCACCUGAAGGAGCACAACGAGAGGGAGUUCUUCCUGGAGCUCGUCAAGGACAUCUCCAACGACCUGGAUUUGACCAGUCUGAGCUACAAGAUCCUGGUGUUUGUGUGCAUCAUGGUGGAUGCUGACCGCUGCUCCCUGUUCCUGGUGGAGGGACCGGCCAAUAAAAAGACUCUGGUGUCCAAGUUCUUUGACGUUCACGCUGGCACCACAGUGUUGCCCUCUCUCAGUAACUCAGAUGAGGUGCAGGUGCCCUGGGGAAAGGGCAUCAUUGGAUAUGUGGCUGAACAUGGGGAAACUGUCAACAUUCCCGAUGCAUAUCAGGACCAUCGUUUCAGUGAUGAGAUUGAUAAACUCACCGGAUAUAAGACCAAGUCUCUGCUGUGCAUGCCCAUCCACAACAGUGAUGGAGAGGUCAUCGGGGUCGCACAGGGCAUCAACAAGAGUCCCAAUGGAGCACUCUUCACUGAAGAUGAUGAGAAGGUGUUGCAGAUGUACCUGCCGUUCUGUGGCAUCGCCAUCUCAAACGCCCAGCUGUUCGCUGCCUCCAGGAAAGAGUACGACAGGAGCAGGGCUCUUCUGGAGGUUGUGAACGAUUUGUUCGAGGAGCAGACCGAUUUGGAGAAGAUCGUGAGGAAGAUCAUGCAUCGAGCUCAGACGCUGCUGAAGUGUGAACGCUGCUCCGUCCAGCUGCUGGAGGACAUCGAGUCUCCGGUGGUGAAGUUCACCAAGUCCUUUGAGCUUCUGUCACCCAAGUGCAGCGCCGACAUGGAGAACAGUUUCAAGGACAGCAUUGAAAAAUCGUCCUAUUCUGACUGGCUGAUUAAUAACAGCAUUGCAGAGCUGGUCGCCUCCACUGGGCUUCCUGUGAAUAUCAGCGAUGCCUACCAAGACCCACGCUUCGACGCUGAAGCAGAUCAGUUCUCUGGCUUCCAUAUUAGAUCUGUCCUGUGUGUGCCUAUCUGGAACAGUAACCACCAAAUCAUAGGUGUGGCUCAGGUCUUGAACAGAUUAGAUGGAAAACCAUUUGAUGAUGCAGAUCAGAGGCUGUUUGAGGCAUUUGUGAUAUUCUGUGGACUGGGAAUCAAUAACACCAUUAUGUAUGACCAAGUGAAGAAGUCCUGGGCCAAACAGUCUGUCGCUUUGGAUGUGCUGUCAUAUCACGCCACUUGCUCAAAGACUGAGGUGGAUAAGUUUAAGGCAGCAAACAUCCCUCUGGUGUGUGAACUGGGCAUUGAUAAACUAUCGUUUGAUGACUUCUCAUUGGAUGUGGAUGCCAUGGUCACUGCAGCUCUGCGGAUGUUUAUGGAGCUGGGGAUGGUGCAGAAAUUCAAAAUAGACUAUGAGACACUUUGUCGGUGGCUGUUGACCGUGAGGAAGAACUAUCGCAUGGUUCUGUAUCAUAACUGGAGACAUGCAUUCAACGUUUGUCAGUGCAUGUUUUCCCUGCUGACGACGGCCGGCUUCCAGGAGACCCUGACUGAGAUGGAGAUUCUGGCUCUGAUAGUGGGCUGCAUCUGCCAUGAUCUGGACCACAGAGGAACCAACAACGCUUUCCAGGCCAAGACGGGAUCAGCUCUCUCUCUUCUUUAUGGGACAUCAGCCACGCUAGAGCACCAUCACUUCAACCACGCUGUUAUGAUCCUGCAGAGCGAGGGUCACAAUAUUUUCUCUAAUCUGUCGUCACAUGAGUAUGGAGAACUCAUGCAGCUCCUGAAACAAUCCAUACUGGCCACAGACCUGACGCUCUACUUCCAGAACAGGAAUUCCUUCUUUGAGCUGGUGAAUAAGGGAGAAUACAACUGGAACGUGAAGGAACACAGAGACAUGUGCAGGUCGAUGUUGAUGACAGCGUGUGAUCUGGGUGCUGUCACUAAACCCUGGGAGAUAUCAUGCAAGGUUGCAGAGCUGGUGACUAGUGAGUUUUUCGAGCAGGGAGACAGAGAGCGAUCAGAACUGAAACUGACUCCCUCGGCCAUUUUUGACCGAAACCGCAAAGAUGAGCUGCCAGGUCUUCAGCUGGAGUGGAUUGAUGGAAUCUGUGCACCGCUGUACGAGACAUUUGCCAAAUUAAACCCCAAACUACAGCCAAUGGUUGACUUGAUCAAGGCCAAUCGUGCCAAAUGGGAAGAGCUUCACCACAGACACCAGCGCAGCCAGGAACGCAGCAGCCCUGGCAGUCCAUGUAACGCAGACGCCACUGCAACCAGCUGCAGCUGAGAGAGAAACCUGCCAGAUUUCUCCACAUGCUUCUCUCUGACCCGCAGCAAUGCAGACGGAAGGAGUUUUGACCUCUGCUGCAUGCGUCAGACCAGCAGCCAUUACCUCACUAGCGCCCUCUAUCGGGCAUUUGCUCUGUCUGCGAGCACUUCAGGCAACCGCGACCGAGUUUGCGUUCGUCUCCACAGUGCAAAGACUGCACGUUUAGCUAGCAACGGAGAACCUUAGGGAUGUGUUUACGCCCAGAAGCUAAUUGGCUGAAUUAGCUACUUUAGGGCUAGCAUGCUAACAUAAAGACUGUAUCGUGCGUGUAAGCUACUUUCAGCAGGGACUGUUUAAGAAGGAUUGCCACUUUUUGAUAGGUAUGAUAGUGUAUUUUUCCCUUUGUAGCUUUGAUCUUGUUGAAUGGACACAUGUCCUGAGCACUGGAGCGUGGUUCUGUCCUGUGCGUAUGUCAUGUGAAGAAGUGACUGCUGCAGGAUUUGUCUCUGUUGUUUUAGCUGAUGUAUUUAUUCCAGGAUCAGGGGUUUGUGGAGCCGUGGGGCUCUUGGCAAUGCUUGCAAUGCAAAUCCACUCCAGCGCUGUACUCUGUGCCUUGGUAAAACCCUAUGAUAAUGCAUGCAGCCCAUCCUUGACAUCACUCUUCUCUCUAGUUCACACUGCAUAUCAUCGUGGAUUUCCCCUCAUGUCUUGGCCCUGUUUCAUAUCUUGAAGGUAAGCAACGUGUUUUUACUCCAGCGCCCAUGAUGAAAAAUUUUAAUUCUGGCAACAUUUAUUCACACUUUUAUUGUUUCAAGUACGGGGUGUGCGAUAUAUAUUUUCUACGAUAAUAUCAUAAUUGUUCAAUCGAUAUGCGAUUUGACAUUAUCAGGUAUAUUGCAAAAACCUAACAAUAAACAUGUCCAAUAAACAAGAAGCUAAUAAGGUGUUUCGUUACUGAUCAGCCUUUUGAACGAAUCUGUUGAAUGAAUGAUUCAAUGACUUGACGACGAUUUUAAGUUUAUAUUUAAAGUAUAUUUUCCCUUUUUUGCCAAAAUCCUUUUAAAUAUCAGCAUUCAGUGUUUUUUUAAUAUUAAUUAUGUAUUUGUAGCUGCAGGUUGAAUGCAUUCAUGUCCUGCGUCUAUGUGUAACAGUCUAUGUGAAUGCAUCUAAAUGCCACUUCAGAUGCAGAUUCUGUGCCACCUCUGCAUUGCAAAUUUAAUUUGAGUGGUAACAGCCCUAUAGUGUCUUACUUUUUGAAUUUAUUGAUAACAUUGAAGAAUUUCACACAAAAGAUGCAUUUAAUUAUGUUAAAAAAUUGGCCUUGUAAAGAUACAAAAUGUUCAUAAAAGGUAAAAAUCAAUUUAAACAUAUUGGAAGAGUUUAUUUCUGUUACUCCUACAAAUUAACCACCUCACAGAAUAAGAAGAGGUUUUGGGAUUCAGCUGUCCACGACAGUCUUAAACCUGCCAAAAUACCAGCACAAUAACCUGCUCAGCAAAAUAUUGCCUAUUAUUAUUAUUGUUAUCAACAAAAUUCCAGAAAAUAUAUAUAUAUUUUUUUUUCAUAAUCGCACACCCCUAGAAUGUAUGAUGCAAAAAAAAGAGAAAUUCUGACGAUUUGUACUCUGGUGCGUUUCCCAAAAUCAUAGUUAACCAACAAUGCUUGCAAGUAGGGAUGUAACGAUUCACGAUUCGAUUCGAUUCAUGAUUUUUUUUUACGAAAUGAGAUUGAAGACAAAUUAUAAAUUAAAUGUGUCCUUUUAUUAUUGCUGGGACAAAAUGCUGCACGUUUCUUUGUAAAAUUGAUAUAUGACACUGUAAUAAUAUACUAAUAUAGCACUUGCAUAUUAUUGCUCUUUUGUUGGUUUUGA